UUUUCAACAUUAUCUCCAUAUUUCACACCUCCUAUUAUUUGUUGCACACAUUGUUUCUGAGACAAAAAACAUAAUAUCCAACCAUGGCCUUUGCAGGAACUACCCAAAAAUGCAUGGCAUGUGACAAAACUGUCUACCUAGUUGACAAACUCACUGCUGAUAACAGAAUUUUCCACAAAGCUUGCUUUAGAUGCCACCAUUGCAAAGGCACCCUCAAGCUUAGUAACUACAACUCCUUUGAAGGAGUUUUGUAUUGCAGGCCACACUUUGAUCAACUUUUUAAGCAGACUGGUAGCUUAGACAAAAGUUUCGAAGGCACACCCAAGAUUGUGAAGCCACAGAAAAGCAUUGAUGGUGAGAAGCCUUUGGCUAAUAAAGUGUCGAGUAUGUUCGUGGGGACAAAAGAUAAAUGUUUGGGCUGUGCAAAAACGGUAUAUCCAACCGAAAAGGUUUCAGUAAAUGGAACUGCAUACCAUAGAAGCUGCUUCAAAUGUAGUCAUGGAGGCUGUACGAUUAGCCCAUCAAACUACGUUGCACAUGAAGGUCAUCUUUACUGCAGACACCACCACACCCAACUCAUCAAAGAGAAGGGUAACUUGAGCCAGCUUGAGGGUGAUCGUGCCGCUAGGGCUGGACAAGUGGCACCUUGAUCAUAACCUCUGCGGAUUGUCAUGUAACCUGUUACAGUCUGUCUUUUGGAGUCGGAAAAAAAUUUAUGCUUGAUAAAGAGAUGGAAGUCUGUUUUUCUAAAUUCUAAUCGACUAUCUACAUCUUAUUGUUCUUUUUGUCGCAACAUUGUGGAUGAACUAUUGGAACUUAAAAGAUCUUUUCGCUUAUUAUCAGUUUAAAUGCACGUUCGUUUUGAUA